GCCGGGAAAGGAAAGUACUAAAUUCAGUUCUGCCGCUUUCCUUAGUUUGAGACAUGACACUAACGCCAAUGCCGACGACGGCAGGAAUUUCCAGUAUGCGAUUAGCCGAAGGAGCGAUUCGGACGGUGUUAAUUACAGGCGUGAGCCGAGGAUUAGGCAAAGCCCUAGCUCUAGAAAUGGCGAAGAGAGGCCACUGCGUCGUCGGCUGCGCUCGUUCCCAGGACAAGCUCAAUGCUCUUCAACCCGAUCUCGCCUCCGCUACCAAUCCUCCUUCUGAGAACAAACACCUCCUCAUGAACGUCGACGUGAGUCUAAAUAGCAGUGUUGAAGAGUUUGCACGUGCUGUUAUGGAGAAAAAGGGUGUUCCUGAUAUUAUUGUGAACAGUGCAGGAACUAUUAAUAGGAACAACAAACUUUGGGAAGUGCCAGCUGAGGAGUUUGAUUCUGUGAUUGAUACUAACAUAAAAGGAACUGCAAAUGUUCUGCGUCACUUUAUUCCCCUAAUGCUUGAGAAGAAGCAAGGAGUGAUCAUUAAUAUGUCUUCUUCAUGGGGAAGAUCUGCCGCUGCACAGGUAUAACUCAGUUUCUGCUGA